AUGGGGACAAGUCUUGCUAAGAUGAUUCCUGUGGAAUCUCUUCCUACUAUUGCGCUACUAUCCACAACACUUUUGCAUCCACAAUUGCAGGUUCUUUGCGUUCUACCAUACUACCACAAUCAAAAGUGUGUGUGUACCGAACGCUCUGUAUCUAUAUACAUGAGUGAUGCUGAACUUGAAUACUGGCGGAAGAAGUAUUCCUUGUUAGAGGAGCAGUUCCAGCUACAAAAGAAUAGAAAUGAAGAAUUGGAGGAACGGCUCCUGCAUAUGGUCGAGAAAGUGGAGACGGAGAAAAAGCAACUAGCCAACGAAAUCGAUACUCUUACGAGGUAUUUUCAUCGUGAAUGGAUGGCAGUGAGAAGGAUAAAGGGGGCUAGCGAAAAACAAUGA